AUGGCAUCGGUGGUCCAGCACGGCCGAAGAACAGGCUCCAGUAAGAGAGUAUCUUCAGCUGAGGAACCCAGCAGGAUGAUCGAACCCCCAGACCUCCGACAGGUCACUGUCUUAAGCAAACGAGAUUGGCAGAGGAUUCAAGAUGAAGUGAACCGGGUUAAUAAAGACAAAGAUAAUAUGAAGGAGGCAGCCAAACAGAGAGAGGCCCUGCAUUUGCAGUCAACGGAGGUGGUGAAACUCUGGUCCAAUACCAUCGCUGGUCAAAGGCAAAAAAAGUUAGAGGCAAAGAAGAACCGUGAGGAGGCUGAGGAGGAAAAAAGGAAAAUGAUUGAUCAAGAAGAGGCCAAAUUUCAGCAGCAGCAGCGUGAAGAGGCCAUUGAAAAAGCCAAGACUCAGCUCUAUUAUGAAACCAACCGUAUUAAAGGACUACACCGUGCCCUCGUGCUGACUGAGGUGCUCAAGGAGAGGGAGGCGCAGAUUGAACUGAAGCAAAAGAUCAAGAGUGCCUCCAAAGCUGUCGACAAAGAACUUCUGGAUCUGGAAAAGACCGAUAUUGAUGAAGCUUUGAGACAGGAGCAGGAGAAAGCACAUCGGAAAAAGCUGGAGGGACAGGCUGUGGUAGGGGACCUGAAAAACCAGAUGAAGGAACGUGAGCAAGUGAGAGAGCGUGAGAAGAUCGAGAACAGGAAGGACGGAGAGGAAGCCCAACGCCUUUUAGAACUCCACCAUUUGGAGCAAAACAUGGAAGAAGAAAGACAAGCAAAGCUGAGGAGAAACCUUAUGCACGGUCACCUGGAACACGUCGCCAACAGUGACCUCAUAAGAGCAACAAAUGCAAAGAAGCAGGAGGCUGAAGAGGAGCAAAGAAAACUGUUCCUCUCUUCCAGACAAAAAAUUAUAAAGUUACGGAAAGAAAAAGAAAAGCAAUUGUUCAGUGAGGCCCAGAUGCGAAGAGAGUGGACCAUGAACAAGCUGACUGUCACUCAGCAGGAGAAAACUGACGACGAGGAGCAGAGGAUCGCAAAGGCUGUCGCUGAGCAGGAUGAAAAACUGGCACAAAGGAAGAGAGAGGAGGAUGAGAAGAAGGCGGCCAUGUUGGAGUCAAUAACUGCACACAGGGAAUUCAUGCAAGAAAACAAGGAGCAGAAGGACAAAACAACCAAACAAAGCAUGAUGGGCACACUUAAGGCCAUGAAAGAGGCCGACAGAAUAUUUGAAGAGAAACAAAAAAUGAAGGCUCAGAAGAUCAAAGCAGAUGGAAGAAAUGCACAUGAGUUCAAUGCUACAGAAAUGGCUAAAAAAGGUGCCAAGCUCCAGCAGCAGAAAAAAGAGGAGCAAGAGUUUCAGGAGGACUACGCAGAGGUCAUUGCUAAAGAAGAACACCUGUUUCAACAAUACUCUCACGACCUCAUCAACGCAGCGGCUGGGGCUCAGCGAAAUGUGUUUCCUCUCUCCAAAGCGGCAGGGCAAGGGAUCGGAGGAGGGCUCGGUCCUACUUCUUGCUACCUCGUUCAGGACAACACUGGGGCUCAAAUGCCCAAAUAUGUCUCUGGUGCCACCCAGGACAUUAAAAGGCUUAAUGAGGCACAAAAUAUUCUUCAAGCCAAGAUGAGACUUGGGUUCACAUGGUCAUAGGUCUCUACUAGCUGCCAAUUCUGUUUUAAAGUUUUGAACUCAGUGAUUGUUUUGAUAACAUCAAUAAAAUGUUUUUGACUGAG